UGCCCUUCUCCCCCAGACAGGCUGCAGAAUGUUUUGCUCCAGCUCAUCCCAGCCUGGCGUGGGACAGGGAAGAGAAAUGGCUGCAGUGGAGUCAGUCCAGGGGCUAGUGACCUUCAAGGAGAUGGCUAUGUAUUUCACCAGGGAAGAGUGGGCUCUGCUGGACCCCACUCAGAGAGCCCUCUACUGGGAUGUCAUGCAGGAGAACUAUGAGACUGUGACCUCGCUGGGCCAGAGAAUAACAUCCAUGUUUCGCUGCAGAUCAUCUCGUCCUCCCAGGGGCAAGGAAAUGGCUGCAAUGGAGCUGCCGUAA